GCGGCGGCCGAGGGUCGCGGCUCUGGUGAGAGCCUGGGCGCGGGUCUCCUGGCUUUGUUCGUGGCUGUGAGCUGCGGUGGGUGAGACGCAGCCCUGGCAGCCUUUGGGAAGGUGUCUGGGGAUGCUGGAGCUCGGGCUCGCAGGUUUUACUCCCUUCAGGGUUUGUGCAGACACUGCUCUCCUUCUCUUCCAGUCAGUCAUAGCCGUCUCAGGUAACUGGACUUGGCUGUAGAUGUGAUUCCUGUGCUCUGACUGCUAGGUGACUUUUUUGCAAGGGCCUGACUUUUUUCAACCAGUUUGUACUGCCUGUCAAGAAUUUUCAUGUUGACUCUUGGAAACCUGCUGCAGAGUCUUCCCUGUUUACUAUUCAGUCCUGUUUUCUUCUUCCACUAGCAGGUUGAAGUUCAUGAGUUCGCCCAGCCUCAGUGAUCUGGGCAAGAGAGAGCAGGCAGCCUUGGACGAGCGGGGGACGCAGCAGCGCCGGGCCUGCUCCAACGCCACCUGGAACAGCAUCCACAAUGGAGUUAUAGCAGUGUUCCAGCGAAAGGGUCUGCCAGACCACGAGCUGUACAACCUCAAUGAAGGAGUCAGGCAAUUACUGAAAACAGAACUGGGAUCAUUUUUCACUGAGUAUCUGCAGAAUCAGCUGCUCACAAAGGGCAUGGUGAUCCUAAGGGACAAGAUCCGGUUUUAUGAAGGGCAGAAGCUACUGGAUACCUUAGCUGAAACCUGGGAUUUUUUCUUCAGUGAUGUCCUGCCCAUGCUGCAGGCUAUUUUCUAUCCUGUGCAGGGAAAGGAGCCCUCAGUUCGGCAGUUGGCUCUUCUGCAUUUUAGGAAUAUAAUUACCCUCAAUAUCAAAUUGGAGGAUGCAUUAUCCCGUUCCAGAGCCAGAGUUCCACCCUCUAUUAUUCAGAUGCUGCUCAUACUUCAGGGGGUUCACGAGUCCAAAGGUGUGUCUGAAGAUUAUCUGAAGCUGGAGUCCCUGCUCCAGAAGGUUGUUUCUCCUUACCUGGGCACGUACGGGCUGUACUCCAGCGAGGGACCCUUCACGCACUCUGCCUGUAUCCUGGAGAAGCGGUUCUUCAGGCGCUCCCGGUCGGGGGAGAUCCUCGCCAAGAACCCCGUGGUGCGCUCCAAGAGCUACAACAACCCGCUGCUGACGCCCGUGGCCGAGUACGACAGCGAGAGCGCGGCUGCCAACGGAGCCGGCAUCCGCAGGCACUCGGUGUCAGAAAUGACCUCCUGCCUGCAGCUCCAGGGCUACUCCAGCCUCGCCCCCAUCACGGACAGCGGCUCCAGGAGCUCCGUGAAGAGCUCGCUGCCCGCAGAGCAGGAGAGGCCCAGCGCCGGGCCAGGGCAGUGCUCCAGCAAACUGGGCACAGCCGAGCAGCAGAAAGGACUCUUCCACUCCAUUGGCGACCCACACAGCUCUUUGGAGCUGGACAGAGACGCUGCCUUACUUCCAGCUCCCUCUUCCAGCCCUGAGAACAUGGUGGAUCAGAUCUUGGAGUCCAUCGACUCUGACUCUGAAGGCAUCUUCAUUGAUUUUGGCCGAGGCUGUUCCAGUUCAUCGGCGUACAACGUGGAUGUGAACAGACAGAGCAUUGUGUGAAGGAUGUUAGGAGACAAACUCUGGGGUUUAAUUAAAUAUGGAAGUUACCGAGACAGUGUGUUGGACUGUGGGCAAGCUGUCUAUGCCUGGCAGAUCUAAGGCAGAUUUGCCAGGUCAUUGUGGCUGUACUGAACAAACACAGUUUGGUUAUAGCAGGUGGGAAUCUGCUGAGGGGGAAGCAACUCCAACUGCUUUUCCCCAUCCCUGGCAUCCUGCAGAUGGAUUUCCUGUUUCUUUAUAAACCUAGGGGAUCACAAACUCACAAGUGUCUGGUAAAAUACUGUUAGUGCAGCUGGCAGUGUUUGUUCAGGAAAGCAGCUCAGCAAUAGCUGUGCUCACUUCUGAUUUUCUGAAGAGGUUUCCUGCAGAUGGUAGGUUGUUCUCUGAAGUGUAACACCUCAGCCAGAGUAGAAACAUAUCCUUUAAAAACAAACAAAUACAAAAGGCCUUUGGCUUUCAUGCCACAGAAUACAAUAAUGAAGAAGUCUCUUUUAAUCUUUUUCUUGUACAUCCUUGUAUGCACUUUUUUGCCUAAUGGUGACUUAGAGUUCUUGAAGAAAGGCAAAUAAACAGAAAUAUGCUUCUGAUGUCACACAGUGCCUAGUGUCUCCUUUUCUGUUCCACUGUGUCCUCAGCCAGUACCUUGUGUCUGGGAGGAUUGUCUCAAAAUUGGCUUCCAAGACCAAAAUGAAUUUGCUCUGAAUGUGGCACUUGGAGAAAUGCGUACUGUCAGUUCCUGAAGCUUCUGUUGUAUGGAGAGAUUCCAUCAUAUUUCAUCUUACUUGUUUCCUAAAUAAGUGAAAAUGUGGCCUCUCAGGGAAAUCCUCAUUCUAUGUUUAUAUUCUCAUAGAAAUACCAUCACGCAUCUGCUGUCAGUGGUGGUUUGGGAAGUGUGAACCUUGCAGCUCUUCCUAUCCUGAGCACACCUGGCUCUUUGGUUCUCUCUUGCAGUAGCACAGUGGUGUGAGAGCUGGAUCAGCAGCUUGGCAGAGGAUUGAUGCAUGUGAUCCCAAGGUGGAGCAGAAAUGCUGCUGCACAGUCCAGUUUUGAUCAGGGGGUUUGCAGUGAAGGCAGCUGCAUUCUGUGUCUGUGCUUUGGUGGAAGGAGUCAGUCGAUGCCCCCUGAGGUGCCCCCCCUCUCCUUGCUGAUGGCAUGAUGGGCCCUCACUCCCAGGAACUCUUGGAAACCACAGCAGAGAGUGGAACUCCUGCUGAAACUGGCUCCAGUACGUGACAGGAGUGAUGAUUUCCAGAAGUGUCCUAGAGUGGUACAAGCCGCCAUGCUGGCACCAUCAGUCCCUACCCUCAUUCUGGCUGACAAACACUGUUCUGUUUCCUAAAUUGUGAUUUCAUUUGGAGGAGAAGAGUGUCCACAGCCUUGUUCUAAGGACACAGUGCAGGGAGGAAAGGUAAGAUUCAAACCCUUACAUAAAAAUAUAACCCCAAAGGUAACAAAUAUAGUGCCUCCACACGCCUUCAUCCCUCAAGGAACUUUACAUGUUGUAAGAGUCAUGAGCAUACCUAAUUACUGGGGAAUGUUUAAGCACAGUUCCAAUGGAGGAGAGGAGAGGACUGCUAGGACCCUUCACACUGCAGGUUUUGUGUGGGUGGUGUCUUCUGCUCUGGUGGAAGCCGUGGUACACAGGAUUGCUCUGGUGGAACCCUCUGGUAUGCUGGCAGUUAACGAGCUUUUCUCACCUUGCACACAUGGAAUAGGGAAUAAAAACCCUUCUCUGUUUUAGAAGGUUAUUUAGAGACUGGGUUCAGGAGUGUGAAUGCAUGAGAGAAAUUCUCCUAUGGCAAAGGCAUAGAAAAAGGCCAGAAAAAAAUGAAGAAAGGCAAGAAAAA